CGCUUACAGUACAGCAAUGAGCUCAGCAAUGCGACCGAGCUCUGCCAUCCAGUCAGAAUACCACUUCAAUCGAUUUUUCAUCCACUUCAAAUCUUCUCACAAUUCUCAACUCGAGCAACACAAAAAGCCUCCAACACAAAAAGCAACACACAAGUUUUAUUUUAAAAACACACAACCAUCACAAUGAAGUUUGGACUUUUCAACAAGAACAAGAGUACCUCCAUGGACCAAAGCAGCGCCCGCAUGGACGCGAGCAAUGACAGCUCCCAACUCAAGCUGCGCCGCAACAUGAGCAAGGACAGCAAGGACAUUCACGAAAGCAAGAUGAAGAAGCGAUCUGCUUCCAAGAAAAUGCGAGGAAAGCGUGGCAAAAGCAGUCCUCAGAUCAUGGGUCUCAUGUCGGAAAUGAACCCUGACCUUGUCAUGGACAUGAUGCAAGAAAUGACAUUUGUCGAUGGCCACAAGGCGGGCAAGUACUGGGAUCGCAUGAAGAGGGACGAAACCGAUCAUGUCGCGUAUGUGAAUGCGGAUGCGGCACAAGAAUACUGGAAUCGUCUCAAAAUGGGAUGCACGGCCGAAGACGACGAAGACCAAGAAGGAGCGCCCAUUGGCGAAAUUUGCUUCCCCAAUGCUGCCUAAGCUAGCUACAAGGCAGCGCAGCCAGCACCUCCCCAAUGUUUGUACCAUUACACAUGCCCGUCUUGAAGAAACUUCCCUUGCUUCCAGCCUUCAGCACGGUCAUCCCAUACAUUUAUAGAACACAGUAACUGAUGAUAGAGAACUACAUGUUGAGUCAAUG